AGAAAAAUAAAAAAAAUGGCAAUCUCAGAGACAUCGAGAUCGAGCCACGAGCUCCCAUUAACAACAGCUGCCGAAUCAAGCAGAAACAAAGCAACCGCUAAGAAACUGACUUUGAUCCCUUUGGUUUUCCUUAUUUACUUUGAGGUCGCUGGUGGUCCAUUUGGUGAAGAACCGGCGGUUCAAGCGGCUGGACCGCUUUUAGCGAUUCUCGGUUUCCUUAUCUUCCCCUUCAUUUGGAGUGUCCCUGAGGCACUAAUCACUGCAGAGCUCUCCACUGCGUUUCCAGGCAACGGAGGGUUUGUGAUAUGGGCGCAUCGGGCAUUUGGUUCUUUCGUGGGCUCAAUGAUGGGUUCGUUGAAGUUCCUGAGUGGUGUGAUUAAUGUUGCUUCGUUUCCUGUCCUCUGUGUUACUUACUUGGAUAAGCUCUUCCCUGUUCUUGAAUCCGGGUGGCCCCGAAACGUCUGCAUAUUCGCCUCAACGGUGGUCUUAUCUUUCUUAAACUAUACUGGCUUAGCCAUUGUGGGUUACGCAGCUGUUGUUCUCGGUCUGGUGUCUCUCUCGCCUUUCCUUGUUAUGUCGGCUAUGGCAAUCCCUAAGAUCAAACCACACCGCUGGGGUAGCUUAGGAACCAAGAAAAAGGAUUGGAAUCUCUACUUCAACACACUCUUCUGGAACUUGAAUUUCUGGGACAAUGUCAGUACUCUUGCAGGGGAAGUGGACGAGCCUCAAAAGACAUUCCCGUUGGCGCUUCUUAUCGCUGUGAUCUUCACUUGUGUUGCUUACUUGAUUCCUCUUUUCGCUGUCACGGGUGCAGUCUCGGUAGAUCAGAGCAGAUGGGAAAACGGGUUUCACGCAGAAGCAGCUGAGAUGAUUGCAGGGAAAUGGCUGAAAAUAUGGAUUGAGAUUGGAGCUGUCUUAUCAAGUAUAGGACUUUUUGAAGCUCAGUUAAGCAGUAGUGCUUAUCAGCUGGAGGGCAUGGCGGAAUUAGGGUUCUUGCCUAAAUUCUUUGGUGUGCGAUCGAAAUGGUUCAACACCCCUUGGCUCGGGAUUCUAAUCUCAGCUCUCAUGUCGCUCGGAUUAUCGUACAUGAACUUCACAGACAUCAUAUCCUCGGCGAAUUUCUUGUACACUUUAGGGAUGUUUCUAGAGUUUGCGUCUUUCAUUUGUGCUGAUUAUAGUAAGAUCGUGUACCUUAUUUGCGGUGUAAUGACCAUAGGAGCAAUCGGUUGGUACUUCUUGAUCAACUACUUCAGGAAGAAGAAGAUCUUCGAAUUCAACGAAGUUAUUGAUGAUCUUGACAACAAUGUCAACGGAGAACAUCCCAAAGUCGAUGAUCACAAUUCAUGAUAGAGUUAAACAGAGGAUAUUAUCAACCUGAGAUAGGUUUUUCAAUUCAAUGUAAGUUCCUUUCUUCUGUAACAUUUUAGGCUGAUAAAGGGAGAAACUAUAUUGAUCAGUGAUAGUAAAUUGUACAACACAAU